UCCAAAAAUUACAGCAAAAUUUUAAUUUAAAAGUUUUUAUCUAUUCCUUAGGUCAUACAUAUCUAAGAGGGAUUUGUUUUAAUUUAUACAAUUUCAGUAAACGCUCUUUUUUUUGUUCAACUUCCAUACCAUACCUUCAGGUAACCCUAUACCAGCGGACCCACCAUACUAAAUUUUAAAAAAGGGGAUAACUAAAUAUGAUGCUCCACCUAAAAGGGGAGAUUUUACUUUAACAUCCUUCCCAUUUUCUCAAUGCAAUGGCUAAGGAAUAAGAAGGAAUUGGGGCAAAAUUUGUUUAAUGUAUCAUUUAACUAUUCGGAAUUUAAAGGGUUUUAAUAUAGGGGAUUUAAAUUAUUUUUCUUUGCUGUAUUGAUAGAACAAAUCUCUUAAAAUGUAUUGGCUUUUUCCCAUCCUCUCAUCCACUACAGCUCAGAUAAUGUUAGUUAUUGCUUUCUUCUGCACUACAACUUACUUUUAUAGUGUGACAAAUUUCUAGUUUGAGUAUAAAAAAUUGUAUUUAUAAUAAAAACAACAUCCUUCACUUAAAAACCAGGUCCUCUAAAAGUAAUAUCUUUUUUUUAAAUAAUCUUAUUUGUUUUGGUUUCAGUAUUUUUGGUAUUGGUUUGGUAAUACAACUACUCAAGUGUAAAAACCAAUGUUUACUUUUUAUAGAAAUGAUAUUAAACAAUAAUCCAGACUUAGAUGUUCCAACUGCUAAAGACAAUCCCCAAAUUCAUUAUAUUUUCUUUGUCAAUACAAACUCAGUUUAAAAGCACCUGAGCCUGCUCACAAAAUAUGUUUGGUGUUCAGUAUUGAUGCACUCUCUAUUCAGAAUGCACAAUUUCAGUUUUUAAAAUAAAGAAAAGACCCAAUAUUGAUGAACAUCAUCUGAGAAAUUUAAUGAUAUCUAAUAACUACCACAAACUUGCUCAGAGAUACGUUGUCAACUCAAUACCUCUUAAUUAACCUAAAGCUGCAUCAAAUUUGAAACAUAAAUAAGGUAGAUAAUUGGGUAAUGCACAAUUUAAGAGGCACCAAUAAACGUGUCCAUUUAGGUAUAGCCUCUGCCACAUCGCCUAAAAGCAGAUAAAUAAUUGGAUCUGUAAUAUAAUUUGAGGUAGUCCAAUCAAAUACAAAUAAGCCCUUAGACAGAAAAUUUUUUUAUGAAGUCACAAAUCAGGUUUAUCUCUUUUUAUGAUGUACAGAAAUAAGGAGUUAUUUUAAAAGGAAACUUGUUUCUUAUUGUGAGAGAGAUCAAUCUGUUGUACCUAAUGGGGAUUAUUUCAAUGAAUAACAUAUUUUCAUGUGAGAAGGACCAAAUUUUUCCUAAGGUUUCAAAUAAAGCAAAAAAUGUCUUUCUAAAACUAACAUGGAAAGAGUAACAAGUUAAAAAUCAAUUUUCAACUUAUGCAACCAAGUAAAAUAGAAAGGGCUUCACUUCUAAAAUAUAUUAUUCCAUUCCCUUUCAUAGUAGGCCCUACAUAGGCUUCCCAAUCGUUGAUCUUAUAUCAGUCCGUAACCCUUACCAAAUAUAAUUUACACAUUAUAAAACAAAAAUAAAAUAAAAACAUUUUAGAUAUUAAUAAGCUAAACGAAUAUGAAUAAUUUAGAUAAUGACUUUGAUAGUGACCAACUUUUGUCCAGCAUAUUACUUCCAGAGAAAUUAAGUUUUCGAACAGAUUUAAUUGAAGAUAGUUUAACCCAUUCAAAUUCAGAAAUGCCUGAAUUCAGAGUAAACACUUCAGUACAAUGCGGAAAAAGAAAACAACGAAGAUACAGAACAACAUUUAGCAAUUAUCAGCUAGAAGAACUGGAGCGAGCAUUCCACAAAACCCAUUAUCCGGAUGUCUUUUUUAGAGAGGAUCUCGCCAUGAGAAUUGAUCUAACUGAAGCGAGAGUCCAGGUAUGGUUUCAAAACAGGAGAGCUAAGUGGAGGAAGCAGGAGAAAUCAUUGCAGAAACAAGAACACAGUACUGUGGAUAGCCAAUCAUUUUCUUUCAACCAGUCGUCGAUUGGGAUAGUCAAUAUACCAAUGAGUUCCAGUCCAAGAAAUAUAACAGAAACAAGCACAUCAAAUGGCCUAAUCCCAGAGAACAUAGGCACUCUGUUCCUUGGAAUGGAAUGGGGGAUUCCAUUUGCAAACACCAAUAAACCGUUACCUGAUAUUGACCCGGAAUUGCUGAGGCUGAAACCGAGCAAACAAGAAGCCGAUAUUCUUACAUCACCAGAAUAAUUUAUUUAAUUUGGUGUGUAUUCUUGAAAUGAAUGAUGUAAUGUCAAAAAUGUUUUAACUUUUUUUCAAUGUGAUCAUUAAAUUUUAGAUUUCAAAA